CACCGUCCAUUUCUUCAUCCAACGGUUCUUAUCAUUUUAUAGCUACUCCAUAUCUUUGUCUGUGUUCUUGUUUAUUUAACCUUUAUAAACCCUAACCCCACUCUCUCUCUCUCCUCUCUCUCUCUCUCUCCCCUGUAAGUCGCGCUCUUUCCCGCUUCAUCCCUCUCUAAACCUCAGUCCGUUUUUAUCUCUUCUUAGAUCUUGCACUGAUUCAUUUCUUCAAUUGUAUCCCCUUCUCACCGAUUCUAUCUUGUAUUCAUUUUCUGAAUAAUUAUUUGAUUAUUCCGAUUUAAUCUCGUUUUUGGUCUUACAUAGAGUUCGAGGUUUAGGUUGAGUAACUGUUGUUGUUGUAUUUGUUUAUUCAAUUUUUUCGUUAAUUUUUGUCUUCAUUUUCUGUGAUUUUCGAUUCCGAUCCUGAGUUUUGUUAAAUUCAAUUCGUUAUCGAGUUGAAUCAACUCUGUGUAACUGUAAAUUCAAAUUUGUGUGGAGAUUGAAUUGUGUGAAAUGCCAUCCUCUGAGAUGAGGCGAACAACGAGACUGUUCGGGGUGGUGAAAGGCGGAGACAGCUCCAGCGUGUUAAGGUCUGGACGGCGGCUGUGGCCGGAUUGUGAGGAAGGAACCGGGAGUAAGAAAAUUGGAGAUGAUUUGGCAACGAAACCGGAGAAGAUGAAAGUGAAUGAUGACGAUAGCGACAGCGACGACAAUGUUGCUCUUAUGGAGAUGGUGAAACAGAGAAACCUAAAGGAUGAUAGGUUUUUUGGAACAGUGUAUAACAGAAAGAGAAAAAGAAUUGUUGAGGGUGAAGAUUGUAACAUUUCCGGGAUUCGGUUUCGUCGCGAAGUAAGGAUGAUGAUUGAUCCGUCUGUGAUUGUGGCUGUUGUGAAGCCUUCUUCUGUGUUUUCGAUUUUCUUGUUCGCAGUGUUGAGAAGCUUUAUGAAGUUCGGACUCACAUUCAUGGAUCUCUAUGCUUUUGUUCUAUCAGAACCCAUUUCUUCUGUUUAUGCAUCAAGAGGGAUACAAUUCUCACAGGGUUCUGUUACUCCAAGUGUUGGGAUUUGCCAAUUUUUUGGGGUCACACAGUACUUGCCAUUGUUCUGCGUUGAUUUUUCUGCUAUUCCUGUCUGUUUCAAAUCUCUGCAUUCUGCAUUGCUCUUAGGAUAUAUGUUCAGGUCAUAUUUUCUCGUAUACAAUCCAGUAUAUGUUCGAAGAGAUGUUGAGGAGGAAAUUGAUAUUCCAGCUGUCGAGAAGGAAAUUGAUCUUCCAGCUGUCGACGAGGAAAUUGAUCUUUCAACUGACGACGAGGAAAUUGAUCUUCCAGCUAUCCUGAUGGAACUGCGGAGUCUGUGCAAUUCCUACAAGAAAGAAGCUUCUAAGAGUAAAACUAUCAAUAUCACCCCUGAAGUUAUCGUUAUCAGUGACGAUGUCGAUGACGGUCUAUCUUCACAUGAAUCUGUCAAGUGUUCCAAGUUAGCCGCUCAAAAUGUACAAAGUGAAAACGUGAGCUCUAACGUCGUUCAAACGAGGAGAACUUCACUUAGGAUAAAGGAAGCUCAAAAUCUUUCUAUGAAGAACAGAAGUAACAACGCAUUACCUUCUGAUUCAAAGGGUGGACAGGAAAAAAGUAGUGUUGAUGUUGCCUCCGAUAAGAAACUUAAAUGUCCGACCGUCAGUUGCACCAGUGUAAGCCUUUCAGAGGCAAAUUCUGCCAGGGAGAAUUCAAAAGAAGCAAUUGUUCCAUCUUAUUGUUGUACAAAUAUACUGAUUGUCGAAACCGACAGAUGUUACAGGGUAGAAAGAGCCGUUGUCAUUUCUGAAGAAAUGUCUGACUCAAGAGAAUGGCACCUCGCUGUAAAGAAAGAUGGAUUGACUCGCUGCACUCUCAAGGCUGAAAAGGUAAUGAGACCAUGCUCUACCAAUCGGUACACACAUGUUAAAAUGGUCUCACUGAUCAACGGGUGGAAGUUAGAGUUUGCUAAUCAUCAAGACUGGCUUGCCUUUAAGAAUCUUUAUAAGGACUGUUGGGCACGUGAAAUUCCAAUUCCUCCUGUAAAAUUUAUUCCAGUGCCAGGAGUAUGUGAAGUUCCUGAUUAUGCAGAGCGUUAUACUGCUCUCUUCAACAGGCCGGAUUAUUAUAUAUCCGCAAACGGCGAUGAGUUUGAACGAGCAAUAACAAAGAAAACUGGAAAUUAUGACAUGGAUUCAGAAGAUGAAGAAUGGCUGAACAAGUUCAAUAUUGAGUUUCAAGAACAUGUUUCAGAGGAUAAUUUUGAGUCAAUUGUGGAUGCUUUGGAGAAGACUUAUCAUUAUAAUUUGGAUGAUUGUUAUGAUGAAAAAUCUAUGAUUUAUUGGUGUCAGAAACCUGUUAGCAAGAAGGUUAUAGAAGCUGUACAUAAUUAUUGGAUUAGAAAACGGAAACAAAAACAUUCAGGGCUGCAUAGGAUUUUCACGAGUUAUCAAUCAAAGAUAUCUCCAUUUGUUCCCAAGCCGCAGCAGAGAAAGAAGAGAUCGUUUAAGAGACACUCUAGUAACAGCCAACUUCAGCGUGUUUUGCAAUCCAUUACAAAUGAUCAAGAUGUUAUGGAUGAAUAUAAAGAAGCCUAUGCUAAGAUCGAAGCUGCCAAAGAGGCUGCAAGUAAAGCGAUGGAAGUUGCAAUACAGAAACGCGCAAAAGCUCAAUCUCUUGCACAUAAUGCAGACCUAGCAGUGUACAAAGCCACAAUGUUAAUGAGAAUAGCUGAAGCAACUCAGGCGGGAGUAUCUGUAGAUGAAGUGGCACACCUUUUUUUGAACUGACGGGAGCAUCUCAAAUUCAGAAAUGGGGCAGAAUAUGAUGACUCAACUUGGAUGUGAACGGUAAACUUGGAUGUGAACGGUAUUUGUAAUAAUGAUACAUGAGUUUGUAAGUGCUAUUUUUCAUUUUACAAGACUUGUUAGUGCUCUUAAUUAUGAGAUUUUAUAUGAUUUAAAAUAUUUAUUUUGAAGUACCAUCAAACAUGUUUAUGGAAUAAGUUUAAAAAUAUUGUAUAUUAUUUUGGUGGAUUUUAAAAAUAUUGUGAAUGUAUGAAUUGAUUGGUAUUA